AUCAGCGAAGAUAGAGAGAGAAUUGUUUUAUUUUCGAUUUUAUCUGUUUAGUUUGAGGUCUUUACAUUACAUUUUUUUGUGUUGUGAGGCAGUGGACACGACAUCGGAAACAUCAAAGACGUCAAAUAUAUUAAGAAUGGAUUCAGAACAGUUUCGCGCAGCUGCUCGUGAGAUAACAGACUACAUAAUUAACUACUUGGAAAAUAUCAGAGACAGGCGUGUCCUGCCUGAGGUGGAGCCGGGUUACCUUCGCCCCCUGCUGCCUCUCCACGCGCCGGACAGUGGCGAGCCAUGGGUUGAUGUCAUGGCGGACAUUGAACGCGUAAUCAUGCCUGGUGUAACACACUGGCAUUCCCCGCAGUUUCACGCUUACUUCCCGGCUGCCAACAGUUACCCUUCCCUGUUGGCGGACAUGCUGUGUGGCGCCAUUGGCUGCAUCGGUUUCACUUGGAUUUCUUCGCCCGUGUGCACGGAGCUCGAAGUUAUCAUGAUGGAUUGGCUAGGCCAACUGUUAGGCUUACCCAAGGAGUUCCUGGCAGCCUCUGGGGGAACGGGUGGAGGCGUUAUUCAGGGAUCAGCUAGCGAAUCGACAUUGGUGGCCAUGCUGUCUGCUCGCUCCAAAAUCACAAAGACCCUUGAGAAGACCCUCCCUGACUUUGACCCUGCCAUCGUUACCAAGCUCGUCUGCUAUUCUUCUGACCAAGCACAUUCGUCGGUGGAACGUGCCAGCCUGCUCGCAGGGGUCAAAAUACGCAAAGUUCUCUGCGACGAAAACUUGUCCCUCCGCGGUCCUGCUCUUCGCCGGGCCAUUCAGGAGGACAGGCAAAAGGGCCUCAUUCCCUUCUUCGUGGUGGGCACCAUCGGGGCUACUCCGGCAUGCAGCUUCGACAACCUGCGGGAAAUCGGGGAAGUGGCGCAGGAAUUCGGAAUGUGGCAUCACGUGGACGCCGCAUACGCAGGGUCAGCGCUGGUGUGUGAGGAAUACCGCUACCUGAUGGACGGAGUAGAGUUGGUCGAGAGCUUCAAUUUCAACCCUCAUAAAUGGUUACUUGUGAACUUCGACUGCUCUGCCAUGUGUUAUGCAGAAUAUUGGUGGCCAGCUGGGCAAAAUUGCUAUAUUAACAUCAGAGUUAAUUAUAGUGAUUAUAGUUGGAGCAAAGGUCAUAAUCUUAUGAUGGGUUGUAUUGUGUUAGAGACACUCAACAUACCCAGUAUGCAUGAGAAUGAGCGAGGUAGGGGGAAUGCAUCUGUUGCAACCUGCAAAACCCUCGGGAAUGACGACUCAGAUCAAUCAAACAUACCUAUAUUUAGUCGUUAUAGAGACCAUACUAACACGAUAGCACCGACAUGCAAUAAGAUUUAUAUUUCUUUAAAUUUGCAAAUCGACCUUGGUUCCUUGAUACAGAUUUCUGUUAUAAUGGUUGCCUCUGAACAUCAAAUACACUACACUCAAUAUGGUCUGCGUAUAGAGCUUCUUCCGCCAAUACUUCCGCACACGCCGUUUUCCGAAGACCUUACUGUGGCCAAGUGUCCACAAGGGAAGCGAGUGUCUUCUCCACAGCUUGACCCUCCUUGUCGGGGACAAAACAGUCCAUUGGGGAAUGGAGACCCUUUCGGUACAAGUAUCGAGAAAGGAAUGAGGUUUUGGGGAUUAAUGACACUGCCAGUGAACCACCACGAUGUAAGCAAGAGGCAUGAUCAUCUUACUAGCCCGGCGGUGGUCCCUCGCCACAUGCUUACAACAGCUGUCAGCAUGAUCAGUGGUGUCGAUAAUUUACCAUGCGAAGUGAAUUAUUUAGAAAUUGCCCAUGAGGCAAAAUGCGGUAGUCAGAGUAGAUGGAGAAGAAACAAGAAUUUGUUAUUGGUAGAGGUAUUUGAAAACUGUUGUAACAAUGUCAUGUGCAGUGGAGUAUACCAGGAGUUUCGCUCACCUGAGAAAGUACGUGUCCUUGGCCUUGGAAGGAACCAUGUGGAUGACGCCGCCUGCGUUGACACUUUUCAGGAGACUAUCAUUCACGUCAUUGCUUUCGUUCUGAUGUCCCUGCCUGCCAUACAGCCGCAUGACGAACCACAACUUGAGAGAACGGAAAACGCCUGCCUAAUGGGAUCUGCCAAUGCUGGAAAGCGUAAUGAGGUUAAGUUCCUAAUCAAUGUAUCAGUCUGUCAUUGGCAGAUCCCAUUAGGCAGGCGUUUCCGUUCUCUCAAGUUGUGGUUCGUCAUGCGGCUGUAUGGCAGGCAGGGACUGCAGAAGCACAUUAGGAAGCAGAUAGCAUUGGCUCAUGAGUUCGAAGCACUGGUACGCGAGGACUCUCGCUUCGAAAUCUUCUUCCCUGUUACUCUUGGACUGGUGUGCUUUCGCCUCAAGAACGAAAGCAAUGACGUGAAUGAUAGUCUCCUGAAAAGUGUCAACGCAGGCGGCGUCAUCCACAUGGUUCCUUCCAAGGCCAAGGACACGUACUUUCUCAGGUUCGUAGUGUGCUCCAGAUUUACGGAACACGAAGAUAUCGUUAGAGCCUGGCAAGAAGUGAAGAAAAUGGCUGAUAAGAUCCAGCCCAAGCAUUAAUAGAUAUCUACAAAGAAUCUUCCCUUGAGAACACCAUGGUGAUGGUCUUUACCGAGGCAGAACCACACAUUAGGAACAAAACUAAAGGCAUACUUUCUGUAACUUACAGAGGCCAAACAUAGAAAUGAUAAUUGUCAUAUAUAUACAUAUACAUAUAUACAUAUAUGUGUGUGUGUGUGUGUACACACACACAC